AUGGCUCCAAACUAUAACUAUAUCAGCGAAAUAGCAAUGUCCAAAAUGAGUUGGAAUUUGAAAGUUCGUGUUGUUAGAUUAUGGCACAUUCCAAACCGCAAGAAAUCAGAAAAUUCUAAUUCAAUCGAAUUAAUUAUUCAAGAUGAAAAGGGCGAUCAAAUUCAUGCAACUAUUGGAAGAGCUGUUAUGCGUAUUUUCAAUAUAAAAAAAUACAUGAAAUGGGAUUAUUACCUCCAGCAAAGAGCAAUUCUUGCUCUGACUCUUGACAUGGUGGAAUCUAUCAAUGAUUAUAUGGUUUCACUCAAUCAUAAUUCUGAGAAGACAUAUUUGAGUUCUGAUACGAUUUGUAUGUCUGAUCAUGCUUUUACAGCUUUGGACCACGUUGGUGUUCCUGUGAUGUUAGUGAGAAAUAUAGACCAGUCAUCGGGAUUAUGCAAUGGUACAAGGUUGAUCAUCACAAGACUUGGAAAUCGAGUUAUUGAAGCCAAGGUUUUAUCAGGUAAUAUGGUUGGAGAAAAAAUAUUUAUUCCAAGAAUGACGUUGACUCCGUCUGAUGCGAGAAUACCUUUUAAGUUCCAGCGACGAUAA